AUGUCGGAAAACGAACAACGUGAAGGAACACCUCAAUCACCUAUUUUAUCAGAGAGUCCCAAUCCAGUAACACCACGACAAUUCGACGACCAGCAAGAACCCCAAAGAGGUUUUGUAAUUAUACCUGAAGAUCAACGAAUCAAAAACUUCCAUAUGUAUUCCAAUUCUCAUCGGGAUCUUCACCCGUACACUCGUCCUCUGACUGUCUCCGAUCUGGAGUCGGUCUUGGCCCUCGAGAAUAUCGCUUUCGAAGAUCCAAAUGAAAGAGCAUCUAGAGAAAAACUAAGGUAUAGACUUACCAGAUGUGGUGAGCUAUGCUUGGGUAUCUUCUGCACCAUGGUCCCCGGCUCCGAUUCCAAAAUCGAGACUCUUGCCACAGGCCGUCCGGUUGAAACUAGUCGAAGGAAUGGAGCGAUUAGUGUUCUCAUCGGUCAUGUUAUUGCAGCCAAGACACAUGACACGACAGCUUCGGAUGCAUCCAUGGGAGUUCCUGAAGGUUGGGAGGGCACUAAACCUCCACGUACAAAUAUCGGCCAUCAAGAAGAUGGACGGACCAUAGUACUUCAUUCGGUUGCCAUUCUACCGGCAUUCCAAGGACGCGGUUUGGGAAAAGUUCUUAUGGCUGCGUACAUGCAACAAAUGAAUGGUGCUGGAAUUGCUGAUAGAUUGGCUCUUAUCGCGCAUGAUCAUAAAGUGAAUUUCUACAAGAUGCUUGGCUUUUUAGAAAAGGGCAAGAGUGAUGCUCAAUUUGGUGGCGGCGGCUGGUAUGAUAUGAUUUAUGAUCUUAAGACUCCCGAGGCACGAACAGCUUAUGGUUAG